AUGUGUGGCAGGACAGCUUGUGCUUUGGAGCCGAGCACGAUAUGUGCCAAAUGCCAGCUUAUUCUUCGUAACAGCAAAGAAAUAGGGCAACCUAGCUGGCGCAAUGCUCCUGGUGGUCAAAAGUAUAAUCCGUCUUAUAAUAUAUCUCCAGGAUCAUUCACACCAGUUCUAGUUUCAAACCAGUUCACCGAUACAAAGGACAAAGGACAUUCACUUCAGGUGAUGCGUUGGGGUUUAAUUCCUGCGUUUAUUCAUGGAGACUCGACUUCCACUUUUCACACCUUCAACGCUCGUAUCGAAUCAUUAUUAGAUAAACGCUCUUACAAGUGUUCAUUGCAAGAAGGCAAACGAUGUGUAGUUGUAGUUCAAGGAUUUUAUGAAUGGAAAGUUGGAAUCAAGAAAAAACAACCAUUUUAUUUCCGUCCUUCAGAUCCUGAGAAAUUGCUUAUGAUGGCAGGUUUGUUUGCUCAUAAUUAUGAGAAACAGAUGUAUUCAUAUACCAUAAUAACCACAAGUUCAAAGGGUAUCAUGGCAGAUGUACAUUCAAGAAUGCCUAUCAUUUUAGAUAACGAUGAUGAUAUUUAUGAGUGGCUGGAUCCCUCUGAAUCCAAUUAUAAACAAGCAUAUGAAUUUCUCACCAAUCUUGCAGACGAACUGGACAAUGUGUCUGUCAUUAAAUAUCCCGUUACAUCUCAGGUCAACAGUUCCACGUAUAACGAGCCUAACUGUAUUAAACCGAUUAGUGAAGAAGAACACAAGAAAAUGACUAAAUCUUAUGGUAGCUCAAAUAUAAUGAUGCAAUUUCUUAAGUGUUCAAAUAAAGAUCAUACUUGUGAUCAAGCAAGUCUUGGCAAUAAUUCUAGUUCUGAUGUUUCACACAAGAAUAUUGAUACAAUAAAAAAAGAGGAAGCAAAUCAAUAG